AGCCCCCAGCGCAGCUCCCCAGGCCCCCAGCCCCUCUGCGCUCAGAUCAGCUCCAUCAAACAAGCGGGGUGAGCCCAGCCCCGCCGUGGGGAGAGCGGGGCUGUGCAGAGCAGGCUGAAGCCUUCAGACGCACCCAAACCCUCCUUUCCUGGAGUCUGCCUACAGACCUGCUUGAAGCUGGGAUGGAGAGAGAAGAGAGUGAGCCCCUGCCCGGGGAGGUGGAGGAGAUGAGUGGAAGAGGCACCGUGAGCCUGGACCCGGACAGCGCCAACCCCUUCCUCCGCCUGGCUGCCGACGGGCGAGGCGUGAGCCGCGGGGACGAGUGGAGCCCAGCGCCCGCCACGGCCGAGCGCUUCGACACGGAGCCGUGCGUGCUGGGCGCCCAGGGCUUCGCGGUGGGGAGGCACUGCUGGGCCGUGGAGGUGGCCCAGGGGGGUCAGUGGUGGGCCCUGGGGGUGGCGCAGGAGUCCGUCAGGAGGAAAGGGGUCCUCGGCUUUACCCCGCGGGAGGGAAUCUGGGCCGUGGGGCAGUGGUUUGGACAAUACUUUGCUUUCACUGACCCGGACUGGACGCCCCUGCACCUCCCCUGCCUCCCCCGGGCCAUCCGGGUGUGCCUGGACUUGGCGGGCGGGCAGGUGGCCUUUGCCGAUGCCGAGACCGAGGCCCCCAUCUUUGCCUUCCGCCUGGAUUCGAGGCCCGGGGAGAGGCUGCGGCCCUGGCUCUGGGUGGGGACGGACUCGUGGCUCCAGCUGCGGCCCUGACGUGGGCGAGCGCGCGCGGAGGCCUGGAGAGGAGAACGCCAUCACCCGGGGCUUGGCGC